UUUUUGCUGUAUACGAUUGUGUCGACUUGUGUCGUAGUUGGAAAGCACUUGUAUCGACACUGUAGCGACACAGUGUCGCCUGUGUUGCUUGCUGGAAAGCACCCUAAAUCACGUUGGUGAAACCGGGCCUAAGCAUAAGAAAAUUGAUUGGUUCAUUUUCUUAUGCAUAUACUUGGGGACCAAUCAAUUUCCUUAUGUUUAUGGUUAUGCGCUUAUGCAAAAGUGUGCGCUACGGCCUUUAAAUUUCACGAAUUAGAAUAAUCUCAAUUUAUGUUAUAAAAGCUAUUGAUAUAUAAAGUGUGGAAAAGAUGAUAGAAACUUCAGACAAGAAAUUAAUUUAUAAUACCGUAUUAUCACAAACGUUUUCUCCCGAUGGAAAUUAUUUACUGGCUGGCAAUAUUUACGGAGAUGUAUCAGUAUUUGAUCUGUCAAAGAUUUUGGGACCUAACAAGAUAGAGGAUAAUGAAUUACAAGGACCUAAUUAUCGGUUUGCUGCGCAUCCGCAACAAGAAAUUGCAUGCAUGCUCUCCAUCGAGAAUUUCUUUGUAACAGGAACACAUGGUGAAAUAUCAGGAUGGGAUUGGAAAAUGAUAAAUUCGAAUAAGGCUCCUAAGAGUAAAGCUUCUUGGAAUAUACAAAUUCCUGCUAAUAAAGAUAGUUAUGAUAAGCCAGAUAUAAAUUAUAUGGUGUACUCAAAAGUAGAUCAUUUACUGUAUGCUGGUUGUGGUGAUAAUAACAUAUAUAUUGUAAAUUUGGAAGAUGGAAGAAUUUUGAGAAACUUACAAGGCCAUACGGAUUAUAUACAUUGCCUUGCUGUAAUGGAUAAUCAGCUUGCUUCUUGCAGUGAAGAUGGUUCUGUGAGAUUAUGGGAUUUACGUAAGAGAGAGAAUACUAAUGUAUUAACACCUCAUUUAAUAGAUAAAGUUGCUCGACCGCGACUUGGAAAGUGGAUUGGAACCGUUGAUUUUACGGAAGAUUGGUUGCUAUGUGGUGGUGGGCCUAGUCUAUCGUUGUGGCACAUGCGAACGAUGGAGGCGGCGACAAUUUUUGAUCUGGCUGAUCAAGGGAUACAUGUGGCAGAAAUCUACGAGGAACGCGUGAUUGCCGGUGGUGCGGCCGCCCAUGUUUAUCAUAUGACAUAUCAGGGCGAGGUCCUAGCCAAAGUACCGACCUCGAGUCUCACUGUAUAUAGUAUAGUACAUCAAGAAACACCCCAUAAAGUACUCUGUGCAGCUGGUUCCUCGAAUUUUAUAGAUAUCAGUACGAAUUUUAAUUAUCGUGAAAUGAUGCUUAAAUUUGCAUAAUAUUUAGAAUUCUACAAAAUGGGUAUCGCAUGAGAAUUUUAAUUUCUUAUCGAGCGGACGGAUGAAACAGGUAUGAUUAAUGCCAGAAAUUGCGUUUCUUGUAAUAAAUAUAUUGUAAUAAAAUAUACAU